AGCACGAUCCCCUAUAAAUAUAUAAUUCUUUCGCCAAGCAAUCCAAGCUCAUCGUUUGUGCGUCUCAGACCAACUCCCUUUCAUCUCCCUCACCAUAUUUUUCUCCCAACCAGGCCUCACCAUGAGUACUUAUGAUCGGAACCAGGCUCCCCCUCCAUCAUACCCACCACCGGGACAGGCCUAUCCUCCGUCGGCCGAAAGCUACCCGGCGAACUACGUAGCGCCUCCUCCGGCGGGUUAUCCGGUGAAGGGCGAGGCGCCGUACCCCUCGCAAGCACCAGUGGAGACCAAGAGCCGAGGCGAGGGCUUCUGGGAAGGAUGCUGUGCCGCCUUGUGUUGCUGCUGCGUUCUCGACACCUGCUUCUGAGACUCGACAGAAUUCUGCAAACGCUCGAUGGUUGUUUUAUUUCUGAUGUCAUUUUUUUUUUUGAGAGGAGAUCCUAUAUAUAUAUCUGAUGUAUGUGUUCACAAUAAAACUAUUUAGAGAGGGAGGAGCAUCCGCUUCCGUGGAUUCUCUCAGUGUGAUUGAGUGCUAAUCACCCUCUCAAUGUGUGACUUGUAACUUCCGUAGAAGAUGUAAUAGUUGUUUAUGAUAUCAUGUUCUUUUUCUUUUCA